UCCUCCUCCGGCCAACAAUCCUCCUCCAGCCAACACUCCUCCUCCCACUCCUCCGGCCAACACUCCUCCUCCCACUCCUCCGGCAAACACUCCACCACCCUCACCUCCAGCCAACACUCCUCCCCCCUCUCCUCCGGCCAACACUCCUCCACCUUCUCCUCCUGCCAACACUCCUCCACCUUCUCCUCCUGCCAACACUCCUCCACCCACUCCUCCUUCCAACACUCCUCCACCUUCUCCUCCGGCCAACACUCCCCCACCUUCUCCUCCGGCCAACACUCCCCACCCUCCCCUCCGGCAACUCCACCCCCAGUUGCAACUCCUCCACCAGCAUCUCCACCACCGCCGGCAACCCCACCACCAACUCCAGUCCCAGCUAAAUCACCACCUUCACCAGCACCAGCACCGGCUCCUUCAUCCAAGUCACCAGCACCAUCUCCGGCAUCCGUAGGUACACCGGCAUCAUCUCCAUCACCAUCCGUCUCUUCUCCUUCAGUCUCACCAACAGUAGCGCCUACUUCCGCCGAUGGCUCAAACUCUUACGUGCAUGGCGUUUGCAUGGGCUUGCUUGCCUUCGCUGCUGGUGGACUUGCUCUCCUUCUUUAGAGAUUUAUGAUUUAUGAUUUAUGAUUUAUAUUAUAUAUAUUAUUAUGUACUAUUUGGUGGUUAUGAUCUUUUGGGUGAAUGUGUUUAGAUUUUUUUAGGUUGGUACUAGCACUACUUGUCUUAUUUCCUUGUUGUCAUUUUUAUUUUUUAUUUUUUAUUUGGGUUGUGUAUGGGUGGUGGGAUUUCAGAUUUUCUUUAUAUAUUACCAUCAUUUUGGAUUAGAGAAUAAAAGUGAGUUGAUUCUUGUUUGUGUCA